AUGGCGGCACCCCGGCAAAAUGACCAGGAAGAAAUCAAGCGUGUCGACAUAGACGAUAUUUUGAAAUGUCCACUUUGUCUCGAUACCUUCGAAACCCCAAGAGCUUUAGCAUGUUUACAUACCUUCUGUGAACCCUGUCUGGAAUUUUAUUUUACGGAUUGCAAGGCGUCUAUAAAAGACGGAAAAUUGGAUAAAAUAGAGUGUCCGGUAUGCGGUCACCUUACCGUCCCGCAGGAUGUCUUAAAGCAUCCUCACGCAAUGGUAAAGGAUUUACCUCUGAAUCAUUUCAUUUUACCUCAUUUGGAGGGAAUUACACCAAGAGAACCAAGAGAAAGAAAUAGCCGUGCUAGCCGAGCAAGUCGAGUAGACUCUAGGCAGAAGAAAACUGUGAAUUUUACCCAGAGUUGUGGUUCUUGUGGCGAAAGGGGCAUGCUCAUUGAGGCAACUUCAUACUGCCAUGAUUGCGGGGAUUUCCAAUGCGGAGAAUGUACAGAAAACCACUCAAAAAUAAAAAUGCUUACGCGCCAUAAUGUAGUCUCAAUUGAAAAAGUAACAAGUGCGUCGCCAAUCACAAACUCCUUUGACAAGCAUUAUAUAUGCUUGGUACACCAGAACGAGGAUGUGCGAUUCUUUUGCGCGAAUCAUGACGUUAUUUUGUGUAGCAGUUGCGCAGUGGCAAGUCACAAAGCUUGUGAACUUGUCAAUGAGUUUGAGGAACUUGGGAUGCAUCUUAGACACGAUGAUCAAACGGAUAAACUUAGAAAUAACAUGAAGGGUUUACAAACAGCUUUAAACGACAUGGUAGAAGCUAUUAGAACCAAUAAUUACGGGAUAAAGCGCGAAACCGAAGAAAUUCCGCGAAGAAUUGAGUCAUUGAAAGCAAAGGUUCUUCGAAUGUUCGACUACUUAGAAGAAGAAACUGCACUUAAAAUUCAGGAAUUUCAAAAAGAACAGGAGAAGAAGAAUGCUGAUAAGGCGUUCAAAUGCAAGCAACUUCUUGUAGCAAUUGAAGGCUCUAGCGCCUCUCUGGAUACGGUUAUUGAACAUGGUUCAAACUCGCAACUCUUUUUGACAUUUCAAAAGAUCAAAAACCAAUUACAAGAGUAUGAUAACUUGGUAAAAGAGGAGAAAGAUUCCUUAACAUGUAGUUCCCUAAAGUUGAAAGUCGUGGACGCGCUUGAAACAAUUGUCAACACAACAGAACAAUUAGGAGAAGUGUUUGUAGAGAGUGUUAAACCCGAUCUCGCUGACCUUCCGCCAUUGCUGUUCGUAAAGAAGGAGGAACCGGUCGCUGAUAGGAAACCCGAAUUUAUAAAAUCAGGAAAAUUGAAAAUGAGCGAUGUAAAUAUUGUUAAAAGUUGUAUUGCCGUUACAUACAUGGAUAAAAAGCUGGCCCUCGUGUUCGAGGUGAAUAAUAGGGCCUGGUUCUCGUAUACGUUUUCGCUCAUUAGCACAGAUAAACUAGAAGAAAUUUACACGCAGGAUCUGAAACGGGACCCAAAGAACAUAAUUUGUAUAGACAGUAACAACGUGGCGAUUACAUUCCCAAACGGUGGGUUCAUUGAAUUCUAUCUUUAUACACCGAAGCGGAAGAAGAAACCUUUGAACUUUGUACUAGAUCACACGAUUAAAUGUGAUAUUAGGGAUACUGUGAUCACAAAAUAUAAUAAAACCAUGUUCGGAGUAAGUACGGGCAACUAUUUUUUGCGACCUUUUACCCCACGAAAGGGGUCAUGA